AGGAUGUCCGAGUGGCUAUGAAUGACGAUGUAUUACCAUGCGGUACGAGAGUCCACAAAGGAGAUUUUUUAAUGUACAGUGCCUAUGCUCAAGGUCGAAUGGAGCAGAUUUGGGGAAGUGAUGUAAUGGAAUUUAAGCCAGAGAGAUGGCUCAAAGACGGUGUUUUCCAGCCAGAGUCUCCGUACAAAUACCCUGUGUUUCACGCUGGCCCACGCUUAUGUUUGGGUAAAGACAGUGCCUACCUUCAAAUGAAGAUCACGAUGGCUGCACUUCUUCGAUUCUUCACAUUCAAAGUAGUUCCUGGUCAUGAAGUAAGAUACAAAGUUACUAUAACUCUACAUAUGCUCAACGGACUGAAGAUGAUUGUGCAAAGACGAUCGUAAACCAAAGUAUAAUCUAAUGCUUCGUCAGAUCGCAGUGAUUGUAUUAUAUAUGCUAAUAUAAAUCAUUUGACCUAGAUGUUA